AUGACUGACAGAUAUUCUUUUUCUCUGACGACUUUUUCGCCAAGCGGGAAACUGGGCCAGAUAGACUACGCAUUGGCGGCGGUUAAGCAAGGUGUAACGUCUUUGGGUAUUCGGGCGACCAAUGGGGUUAUCAUCGCCACCGAGAAGAAAUCGAGCUCUCCGCUCGCACUUGCCGACACGCUCUCAAAAGCAGAGCUGAUCACACCAAAUAUCGGAGCGGUGUACUCAGGGAUGGGUCCAGACUUUAGGGUGUUGGUCGACAAGUCACGCAAAGUGGCACACACGCACUACAAACGCGUUUACAACGAGUAUCCGCCUACCAAGAUCCUCGUGUCCGAAAUUGCCAAAGUCAUGCAAGAAGCGACCCAAUCGGGUGGGGUACGGCCCUUCGGCGUGUCGCUGUUGGUAGCCGGUCACGAUGAGCACCACGGCUUCAGUUUAUACCAGGUAGACCCCUCCGGGUCGUAUUUCCCUUGGAAAGCCACGGCGAUCGGUAAGGGCGCCACGGCGGCCAAAACGUUUUUGGAGAAAAGAUGGAAUGACGAACUGGAGCUGGAAGAUGCUAUUCAUAUCGCGCUACUAACUCUCAAGGAAUCGGUCGAGGGCGAGUUCAAUGGUGACACAAUCGAGAUCGCCAUUGUGGGUGACGAAAACGAGAAUCUUCUGGGCUUCACUGGCGACACGAGCGUCAAGGGACCAAGAUUCAAAAAAUUGACGUCGCAGGAGAUCAACGAUAGAUUGGAUGCUUUGUGA